UAUUCAUCAAAGUUUGACAAUAAUUUUCACAUAUUCAGAUCAUUGAUCGUCAAUGAUUCAUGUGGUUUUUUUUCCUGAACAAAAUUUUAAUCCUUUUGAUUGAUUGAUUUGAAAAUCGAAAAAUGUUGAUUCAAUUGUAUGUUUUAGUCAAAUUCAUGUUUAUGACAGUAUUUGCCACUACCAAUGAUUCAUCACAAUCAUCGAAUGAAUUUUGGAGUAUUAUAAAUCAUCCUUGUUUUGAUCAGAAAAAUGCCCACGAUUGUCAACAAUGGAACUAUAUGAAUAAUUCGGAACAAUGUAUGUGGUGUGAAUAUUGGUGUAUUCAUCAACUUAAUGCUUCACAUGAUUGUGAACAUUAUUCAUAUCGAUUGAAUUAUCUAUUUGAGAAGCCAAAAAUUAUGACAAUCAAACCGAGAGCAGUAUUCUCUGAUGUACCGAUGAUGAUAACGAUUUCUGGACAAUAUUUAGCACAAUCGGAUAAAUUUUCAUCAGUUUAUAAUGACAUUGAUAAUAUAAUGUUUACAUCUCACAACAAAACUAUCGAUAGUCCAUAUCAUUGCAAAAUUGAUCGAAAAACAUUCGAAUCGAUUCGAUGUAUCAUCGAACAUAUUGAUCAUACGGCCAAAGAAAUAAAAUUGCAUCUAGAAUAUACGAAAACUGUUUUUCAGAUCAAACGUUCAGGCAUAAAAUUUGAAACAAACAUCUCAUUAUCGGUAUUACCACAUCAUAAUUUUGAUUCUAUCGAUUCAACUAAUAUAGAUUCAAUCGCAUACGAAUUCAAAAUUGUUAUUUCGAUUAUUGGUGGAAUGAUGCUGAUCAGUUCUUGUUGGUUCCUUUAUUCACGACGGUUUUAUUUUCAGCAUCAUUAUGAAAUUUUGAAACUAAAAUUCUAUUUACAAAAAAUGCAACAAUAUUUACGACAAAAAAAUCUUUAUCUUGAAUAUGAAUCCGUCGAAUUUAAACGAAAAUUAGGUGAAGGAAAAUUCGGUGAAGUAUAUUUAGCUCGUUUAACAACAAUCGAUCAACAGCAACAAAAACAACAAAAAAAUGUUGCCAUCAAAAGACUUCGAAAAGAAAGUAGCUAUUUUCGAAUGAAAAUGUUUAUUACGGAAGGAAUUCAAAUGAGUCAAUAUAAACAUGAGCGUAUACUCAUUCCGUUGGCCAUUUUCAUCGAUCGAACCAAUAACAUGCCAUCGAUUGUAAUGCCAUUGAUGAUAAAUGGUAAUCUCUGCCAUUUUCUUCAACAACGACAGCUAUUACCCAUUACUGAGCUAUUGAAAUUUUCUUUACAAAUAUCGGAUGGCAUGCGAUAUUUAUCAUCGAAAAACUUUAUUCAUGGUGAUCUAGCUGCAAGAAAUUGUUUAUUGGAUGAAAAUUUUGAUAUAAAAAUUGGUGAUUUUGGUUUUUCACGUCAGCUGUACAAAAAAGAUUAUCAUAUAAUUGAUGGAACUUAUCGGCCAAUUCGAUGGAUGUCUAUCGAAUGUUUGCAGUCUAAGAAAUCAAAAUUUACGAAAAAAUCCGAUAUCUGGUCAUUUGGUGUUGUCCUAUGGGAAAUAUUCACAUUAGGAUCAUAUCCAUAUGAAAAUCUAAGCGAUAACGAUCUAUGUAGAGAUAUCAUGAAUGGAUAUCGAUUACCACCACCGUCCAGUUGUCCAGAUGUAAUCUAUGCAGUCAUGAUAAAAUGUUGGUCAGAAGAUUCAACCAAACGACCGAAUUUCGAAUGCCUAUGCCAAGAAAUUAGUCAAAUCCUCGCUGCGAUCAAACGACAACAACAAGUUGAUGAAAUGGAAAACGCAAGUGUUGCUGGCACUGAUGAUCAACAACCAAUUACAGUCAUUUGUAAAUAUAAUAAUUAUACCAGUCUAGCUCAACGUUUUAUUCGUCCAAAUAAUCAUCUCAACAAUGAUGAUGAAGAUGAAGAUUUUUUCGAAUGUUCCAUCGAUGUUGAUGAUAAUUUCAAAAUGCCUAAUAUCAAGCUGCAAAGUAGUGAUGGAGAAAUAUUCGAAGUAGAUGUGGAAGUUGCACGUAUGUCGAAUACAUUACGUACUAUGCUUGAUGAUCUGGGUAUCGAAGAAGAUGAUGGUGAACCGAUUCCAGUGCAGAAUGUAAAUUCAGCCAUAUUACGCAAAGUAAUACAAUGGGCAACCUAUCAUAAGAAUGAUCCACCAACACCAGAAGAUGAUGAUGCACGUGAGAAACGUACAGAUGACAUAUCAUCAUGGGAUGCCGAUUUUCUUAAAGUAGAUCAAGGCACCUUGUUUGAAAUCAUUUUGGCUGCUAAUUAUUUGGAUAUCAAAGGAUUGUUGGAUGUUACAUGUAAAACCGUAGCGAAUAUGAUACGUGGUAAAACUCCGGAAGAGAUUCGUAAAACAUUUAAUAUUAAAAAUGAUUUUACACCACAAGAAGAGGAACAGAUUCGUCGUGAAAAUGAAUGGUGUGAAGAAAAAUGAUUCAAAUCAAAAAAAAAAAAAAAAUCAAUUGUUGCCCUACUAAUCAUCGAAGUAGCAAAGUACACACACACAUACACACCCAUUGUAGUUGGAUCAUUUUUGUUUAAAUUCAGCAAAAAAACUAUUCAUCUUUAAUCCAUUUUUCAGAGUCGUAUGUCAAAAAAUAAAUAAAUCACAAAUUCA